AUGUUUGGAUUUAGGAAAGGCAAUGCCAUCCUCAGCUCUCUUCCAGUGGCAUCCAAAAAGCGCAAACCUGCGGAAGAGAUCAAACCGGCGCCGGCUAAACGACAAAGCCCAAAUCAGGGUGGCUGCGAUGAUCCAGACACCGCAAAGCCUAUUGCCAUGCAUCCGAUGAAAGAAGAAAUUUUUUGCACUCCGUUUAGCACAAGGAUCUGCGCCGCCAACUACGAGGAAUACAGCACACCUGCCAAUAAGAGCGCCACCUUGGAUCUUUUUUGUAAAGAUCAAGAGGCCAGUGCACACACUGAUGAGGUGGACGACUUUCGCUGCAAAACCGAUGCAAGUUUGGAUCUUUUGAUAGCAAACUCGCCAAACUUGGACCUAAUUGAGCUGGCUUCUUCAGCGCCUGUGGCCCAUUCUGGCGAUAAGCUUCUAGAAACUACGGCUCCGCUUUUGGCUAACCCGUUUAGAAACCAUAGCGCAAUUAUACGAUUCGCUCGAUCUACUGGUGCAAAAGAUCUCCGACCAGAUGUCGACGCUACAAGACGCAUAUGUGAGCGAGCUUUCGCACAAAGUCGCCAUGACCGGCGCCCUCAAGAUGUGGAGCUGUCCCUUGACUCUCUUUUUGCGAUGAUGAAAGACCGGAUCCUUAUACCUGACAAAUUGAAGCAAUAUGAUCAGAUCCAGACUCAACUGAAAUAUCCCGCAAGCUAUGAACUGCCACGGCGUCGUGUUUAUAUGGAAAUAAAUCAGCUUCAAAAAGUCGCCAAAAAACCACCCAAGAAUUAA